AUGUGGGGAAUGGACUUUGUUGGCCCACUUCCCUUGUCGUCAGGAAGAAAUCGGUAUCUCCUUGUAGUCAGCGAUUAUUUCACAAAAUGGGCAGAGGCGAUUCCUCUCCCUGACCAGAUGGCGUCGACAACUGCACGAGCGUUAGUCAAUACGGAAAUAUUGAGAUUUGGAAUGCCGAUGACUAUCUAUAGCGAUCAAAAAAUAUAUUUUGAAAGUACGAAGAACAACGACCCUUACCAUCCACAAGGAGAUGGGUUGGUGGAAAGGCUCAAUCGAACAUUGAUUAAUGCUUUGUCGAAGCAAGUUCGAUUACCGGUGGAAGCCAGUAUUUCCUCUUUGCCAGAGAUAGAAUUAGCAACUAAUUACGCAAAGAAGUUAGCUGAAACAAUGGCACAGACUAAACAAAUUUUUGACCAGGAGAUCACAGCGUCUCAAGCUCGACAACAGACAGGCUACAAUCGUCACCACGCAACAAAAAGUCAUGACAAAAAAUUUUAUCAAGGAGAGGUAGCCAAGAAUAGACAUUCUGAAGAUCAAGAUCUGACGUUAGAAGAACCUGUGCAGCCGUUCAACGACAGGAAUGUGAAAAUUCGUAACAAGAUCACAAGAUCCACACCUAAGAAAAACAGAAGAGUAUCAAUGGAAGAAGAACAAGUGUAUGCUGAAGAAGUUUACCAAAUUCCUGUACAACCCCCAGUACAGCCACUUCAACAGCUUGCAGAAGGACGCCCAAGGAGACAAGUAAUGUUACCCAGACGAUUGGCGGACUUUGAUUUGACUUGA